CUUCUUACGACGUACGUCGACGCAGUUCGGUAGUCUCUGUGUGUGUCUGUGUUGCUGUCGGACUCUCUCUCUUUUCCUUUUCUGCUGCGGGAGAAGGUCGACCUUCUAUGGCAUGAAGUCAGGGGCUGCCGUCGCUGCCCAGCUGGCUAUCUUCUUCAGCAGCGUUGUUGAUUGCUCGAGUUACCUUUACUCCAAGUCUCCAAGGCAGAACAAAGGCAGAACUGGUGAAAUGGCACUUGACUAUUACAUUUUGAAGAGAAUUCUGUGUGGAACUUUUAGAAGCUAAUCCAUCAGCAAAUAAUGAACAAGUAUUUCCCAAAUGAUUAAAGCAGGACAAGCAAUGGAAAUUGCAACUGAGGCAACACACAAUCAGUCCCACAUGAUUGUGCGGCCGUGCUCAUGCUGGAACUGAUAAAGAAGAGAAGAACUGAAGUGCAAACUUAGGGCUCGUCGGAGAAAAGAGAAAAAUCUACUCAGCAGAGAGUAUACCACUUCGCCGGGAGUUGCCAGAGGUAGUUCGGUGCUCAGAUACUAUAGUGGAGGAGGAAGCAAAGGAGGUGUAGGAGGGGAAGAUGAUUUUAAAUCACCAAAUGCUAAACAUCACCCAUUCGUUUGAGAAAAACAAUGGUCUUCAAGUUCUCUCUAAUUUUGUUCCAUCAAUUACUGUUUCGGGGACACUACGAAAGUCAUUCUUUACGUGUCAAAAUCCUGCACACCACUGCUUCAUCUCUGUUUUUGCAUCCCAGAACCGUACCUCUAAGCGUAACCGCAAACAUCAUGUCAGUCCUAAGAAGACUUCAAAUGAGAAACUUGAAACACUGUCAAAUCCCUCCCAGAAUUUCUUAAUGACGACACCCCAGAAGACAAGGUAUGAGCAACAAAGUGGAGUUCUUGGCAAUGGGGAUUUUAUGCAUGGUUCACUUGAGUGCAGAUACAUGGAAAUGGGAAAGCCAACAAACAAGAUACUGUCUGAACAGGAGACCUUGAAGUCGGUGGAUAAAGAGGAAGAAGAACAUGGAGAAGGACAAGCAGGAAUAGGUGCCGAGGAGGGGGAGCAGGAGGAGGAGGUUGGCCAUGUCCUUGAUGCUGAAAACUCAGAUUGGCCACUGGAUGCUGAUGUUGGGUGGGGAAUUAGAGCUUCAGAGUUUUUUGAUAAGUAUCCAAUUCGGAAUGUGGUGGAUGAGAAUGGGGUAGAGGUGGACUGGGAAGGGGAGAUGGAGGCACCGUGGGUGAAGGAGAUCAAUUGUUUGGAAUGGGAGAGCUUUGCAUUCCAUCCAAGCCCCCUUGUGGUGCUAGUUUUUGAACGCUAUAAUAGAAUUGCUGAUAAUUGGAGAGCAAUGAAGGAGCUGGAAGCUGCAGCUAGAAUAUACUGGAACUCAAAGGAUCGGUUGCCACCCAGGACUGUGAAGAUUGAUAUCAAUAUUGAAAGAGAUUUGGCAUAUGCACUUAAAGUUAGAGAAUGUCCCCAGUUGCUAUUUCUCCGUGGAAACAGAAUUUUAUAUAGGGAGAAAGACAUUCGAUCAGCAGAUGAACUGGUUCAGAUGAUAGCAUUCUUCUACUACAAUGCACGGAAGCCAUCCUGGGUAGAUGCUAACGCAAUUGCCCCUCCAUACUAAACUUACGAUACUUUCGAGGAGAAGUUAAAAGCACCAAAGGACGUUGCACAUUGCGGCAGAUCUGGAGCAGGCCAUCGCUGGCUUGAACCCGGUGGGCGCCCAUCCAUAAGUCUCGGGGCAGAAAGAGGUGCUUAGACAAGCAACAAAGUCUCUCCAUCUAAGGUGGCAUCGAAUGAAAAAAAUGUUCUCUUGGAAAGCAUGUGAAACAGGCAAUACGAAGUGGUCUUGGCCAUGUCACGGUGAAGUUUGCUUUUAACCUCUUCCCUUUAGACAAUUGCGAUGUUUGAGGAAGUCGAGACUCCUCUCUUUAGUCUUUUCCCCUUGCCUUUAGGGUAUUGGGCUGUUUCGGCAUUUGGGCAGGUUUGCUUCUCUAGCAGCGAAUCGAAUGAUAUGGCUGCAUGGUCUGGUCAAAUCGUAAUAGCCUUGUUCGUCGUGGGCAGUUCUCAGAUGCUGUUCAUCUUGCCAAUCACGCUCUCAUCUAGACUUUUAUUUGGAAUCCAUGAAAGAGCUGCAUGGUUUGGUCACA